AGACUUACUUUUUAAGUAAGAAUCAUUCAGUUGAAACUUCCAGACAUGAAGGAAAAAUGCAAGAACGCGGCGAAGACUCGGAGAGAGAAGGAGAACGGAGAGUUUUAUGAGCUGGCCAAGCUGCUGCCUCUGCCGGCGGCCAUCACCUCUCAGCUGGACAAGGCCUCCAUCAUCCGGCUGACCAGCAGCUACCUCAAGAUGAGAGCAGUCUUCCCCAACGGUCUGGGUGAUGGAUGGGGUCAGUCACCAAGGUUCAGUCCUCUGGACAGCAUGGCUAAAGAACUGGGUUCCCACCUUUUACAAACUCUGGAUGGCUUCUUGUUUGUUGUUGCCUCUGAUGGAAAAAUAAUGUACAUCUCAGAAACAGCAUCAGUCCACCUUGGCCUGUCCCAGGUGGAGCUAACAGGAAACAGCAUAUUUGAGUACAUCCACCCAUCAGACCAUGAUGAGAUGACAGCAGUCUUGAGUGUUUGCCAACCCCCACACCAUCACUUCUCUCCAGAUUAUGAAAUAGAACGGUCCUUCUUCUUGAGGAUGAAGUGUGUUCUUGCUAAACGAAAUGCAGGACUGACAUGUGGAGGAUAUAAGGUCAUUCACUGCAGCGGCUACCUGAAAGUACGGAAGUACAUGAUGGACAUGGCACUGUAUGAAUCCUGUUAUCAGACUCUGGGUCUAGUGGCAGUUGGUCACUCUCUGCCCCCAAGUGGUAUCACUGAGAUAAAACUCCACAGCAACAUGUUCAUGUUUCGGGCCAGCUUGGACUUUAAACUCAUCUUCUUGGACACAAGGGUGGCAGAGCUGACAGGCUAUGAGCCACAGGACCUGAUAGAGAAGACUCUCUACCACCAUGUCCAUGCCUGUGAUGUUUUCCAUCUACGCUAUGCUCAUCAUUUAUUACUGGUGAAGGGGCAGGUCACCACAAAGUACUACCGCAUGUUAUCAAAGCAUGGAGGCUGGGUGUGGGUGCAGAGUUACGCCACUAUUGUCCACAACAGCCGCUCCUCCAGACCUCACUGUAUUGUCAGUGUGAACUAUGUCCUCACUGACAUCGAGUGCAAUGAGCUGCAGUUAUCGCAAGACCAGAGUCGAGCCAUUAAGCCUGGUCUCAGUCUUAGUUCCUCAGAGGACCAACACAAAAAACUGAGAACCAAAGCAGUCAAGAUGAAGACCAAACUUAGAGCAGCUCCCUAUCCUGAGGUGGGACUUCCAUGUGGUGUACUGCAGCGGGCCACUAAGCUCUUCCAGCCAGACUGCUUGAGCUGCUCCCCACAGAGGAAGGAGAGAGCCCCAUACCUGAUGACCCCAUGCCGGGAAAAGAGCUCCAGUUUGAGCCCUAAAGCAAGCCAGCUGUCUUGCAGCCCCACUUACAAUCUGACCCUCUGCUGCCCCAAUAACCACCGGCAUCUGGAUGCUCAGAGCCAGCUGCCUAGCAUAGUUUCCUCCUCUCACCUGGCUCAGCAGAUCAUCGGCUCCCUACACAGCAGAGGGCCUGUUGGAUGGAGCAUCAGCAGCCCCCGAACACCCAACAAAUACACAGGUACACUCUUUAUUUAA